UCUGGCAUCAUAGGACAGGACCUGGAGAGACAGCUUGCAGAGAAAGGCUACUGCACAGGACAUGAGCCAGACUCCAUGGAGUUUAGUUCACUGGGUGGCUGGGUCGCCACCAGGGCUUCAGGAAUGAAGAAAAAUGUCUAUGGGAAUAUUGAAGACUUGGUUGUUCAUGUGAAAACAGUGACUCCCAGAGGAGUGAUGGAGAAGAGCUGUCAGGUUCCCAGGAUCUCUGCUGGACCAGACAUCCACCAUUUUAUCAUGGGCUCAGAGGGUACUCUAGGUCUUAUCACAGAGGUGACGCUGAAGAUCCGUCCCAUGCCUGAGUGUAAAAAAUAUGGAUCCAUUGUAUUCCCAAACUUUGAAAAUGGUGUCAAGUGUUUGAGAGAAGUUGCCAGACAGAGGUGUGCCCCUGCCUCUAUAAGGCUGAUGGAUAAUGAACAGUUUCAGUUUGGUCAUGCAUUGAAGCCUGAGGCCUCUUCCAUCUUCACCAGUUUUGUAGAUGGUAUCAAGAAACUGUACAUCACCAAAAUCAAAGGUUUUGACCCUCACAAACUUUCUGUGGCUACACUGCUUUUCGAGGGAACCAAAGAGGAGGUGGAAGCUUCAGAGAAAAGAGUUUAUGAUAUUGCUGCUAAAUUUGGUGGCAUUGCUGGGGGUGAAGACAAUGGACAGAGGGGCUAUAUGCUCACCUUUGUUAUUGCCUAUCUUAGGGAUCUUGGGUUCGAGUACUAUGUUGUUGGAGAAUCAUUUGAGACAUCAGUACCUUGGGAUAGAGUACUUGAUCUAUGCCGCAAUGUUAAGGACAGGUUGCAGCGGGAGUGUAAGGAGAGAGGAGUACAGUACCCACCCCUUUCCACCUGCAGAGUCACUCAGACCUACGAUACUGGCGCUUGUGUGUAUUUUUACUUUGCCUACAACUACCGUGGCCUGUCCAAUCCAGUACAGACAUAUGAGGACAUUGAGACAUGUGCAAGAGAGGAAAUACUGGCCAAUGGAGGCAGCAUUUCACACCAUCAUGGAGUUGGAAAAAUAAGAAAAAGAUGGUUGGAGCGCACAGUGUCUAAAACCGGUCUGGGUAUGAUGAAGGCUGUCAAGGAAUAUAUUGACCCCAAAAAUAUAUUUGGCAGUGGCAAUCUUGUUGGAGAUGUGGAAGGUGACCGUCACAUGACAGCUUCUCAUCACAGUAACACAGUUAUGCAAUCAAAACUGUAGGAGGCAGCACUAGUCAAUAUUUUCAAUCAGAUUAAUGAUUGUUCCAAUUAUUUCAUUCAUAGACAUUAUUUAGAUGAAAUUUUAACUCAGUUUAUACUUAAUUAUGCCAAAGUUUACAAAAGUCCAAUCCAUUUAUGUUUUUUUUUCUUUUAAUUUGCUUGAACUGUUACAUGCAGUGGAAGUUUAUUUCCAUAUAGUAUACCAUUAUCUUUAAAGAUAUUCCUACAAUUUGGACUUACCUUCAUCUUUUAAAAUGUAAUACUGCAUAAAAGUUUUCAUCUAUUAUUUUGGAUAAUGAAUAUCUUUAAAGAUAAUUCAGUUAUAAAAAUUGCAGUUAUUAAUUACUAUAUCAGCAAUUUAUGUAUAGUUAAUUGUAUCAAUUUUGGUAAAAAAUGGAAUUAUUUUAGGCAGUGAAAGUACAUAUGCAUGGAAUUUUUACUUCGAAUCCCUUUGAAUUAUUUCCUCAUUAUAAAUAUAUAAUUUUCAAGUGUUCCUUCCACAACACAGCAAGAAAUGAAAUUAUUAAUAAUUUGUGGGAAAUUUAUUUUUUGAAUGACAGUUUUUUAUGAAAAAUCUAGCAUGAAUUUGUUGAAUCCUCUUCAAUAGUGUAUGGUAAAGGAAGUGAUUGAUGAAUUGUAAUGCAUUCUGCAAGUUAGGCACGAGUCAGAAUAUAGCUUAUAGCGGCGCACAAGCCAAGGUACGCCGACUUCCAAAUACGUGUCUUUAACAUAUGUUGAUUCAGUCAUGAACUGAAAUUUUGUAAAUCUUAAUCAUUACUGCUAGGUAUCACUUUGAUAGGUUCAGAUAUGAAAGAUAUAUGAGGAAUA